AUGGCCUUGACUGCUCAUGAGGAAGCGUUGCUCGAAAGACCGACAAUUGAGGCAAUCGAACAUGGCCACCAGCGGUUGGAAGAUGCGCCAUCAAAGCCCAGGCUGAUCGGAAAAUAUACGAUCGUCGCUCUCAUCCUCAAUCGGACCAUUGGUUCUGGCAUCUUCUUGACGCCGCACAGAGUCCUUGCUGGCACUGGGUGCGUUGGCGGAGCUCUCUUUUUGUGGGCUUUGGGUGCUCUAUUGUCCCUCUGCGGUCUCUAUGUCUGGCUCGAAUGCGGACUGUCUAUGCCCAGACAGCACAUUCCGGGAGAGGAGGAGCCUCGUGGGGUACCACGAUCGGGAGGAGAAAAGAACUUCCUGGAAUUCAUGUUUCCGAAUUCAGGCCUACGACUGGACCAUGUCAGAACGACGUGCUCGUUCUCAAUCAUGUUCAUACUUCUGUACAACCUUUCUGGGAACGCAAUAUCCUUUGCUAUCAUGAUUAUGACCGCUUCUGGGAUAUACGAUCCGAACGGGGUUGAAGCACCUGACCAGGGCAAAGCAGUCGGCAUUGCGUGUGGCGCCCUAUCAAUCGUCGUGCUACUUCACAUGAGCUCGAGACGUGGUGGUAUCUGGGUCAACAACACUCUGGCUGCAGUCAAGGUUGCCCUACUUCUGGCCAUCAUUUGCCUUGGUAUUGCCAAGGCGACAGGCAGAUUCCCAAAUCCCGAAGGCAACUCGAACGCGGAAGUGAUCAGGCACAAUUUCAGGCGAGAUGUCUGGAAGACUCAGCGGAACGAUGUCGCUUCAUGGUCCAGCUCGCUAAUGCUGUGUGUCAACAUCAGCUAUCUACUUGUUGUCGAUAAGGAUCUUGUUCUGAACGAUGCGACAUACAAAAGCGAUCUUGCUUCUCUCUUCUUCAGAAAUCUGUUUCAUGGCAACAACGAGCAAGCGACCAAAGCAAUGGCCGCACUGAUAGCGCUCUCCAUAUUCGGCAAUCUAAUCGUCAUGACCUUCACGGCAGCACGUGUCAAGCAAGAGAUCGCCAAAGAAGGCAUACUGCCCUGGUCGCUCUAUAUUGCGACGUCGUACACGACGCCAUACGGCUACUACCAGCGGUGGACAUCCCGUCGUCAACUUGCGGAGCACGAAAUUGAGCACGCUCCAACUGCCGCCUUCCUGCUACACUGGUUCACUUCAGUGCUGCUUAUCGUGGUGACACUUCCUGUCAGAGAUCCCCGCUACGCAUAUUCGGCGCUGGUGACCCUGUACACGUACACUAUCGUGGGACUCCUGGGCUUCUGGGUCUCAGCAGGACUGCUCUAUAUCAACCUCCGCCGGGACAAAUGGCACUGGAAAGAGAAACGGCGCUUCAAGCCCUGGCUGUCACCCUUGCAACCUGCCGUUUACGCACUUGCUUCCGCUUUCAUGCUCAUUACUGCAUUCAUUCCUCCAAAACCUGGAUCGCCUUUUCACCGAAGUGUCACUGGAAUCAGUUGGUACAUCGUUCCGACCAUUGGUCUUUCAGGCCCACUUUGGGGGGUGCUGUAUUACUGGGGGCUUCUGAUGUAUCAGUGGAAAAUUGGCAAGCAGCUCGAAGUGUCUCGCCGAGCCUACUGCGAAAAAGAUCCUGAUUGCCCAACGGAGUAUGUGCAGCGGGCUGAGAUCAUCGACCACACUUGGAUUAUCACUGCAAGCGAUCAGAUGCCAGAUGGCUUCGCAGAGACUGGAAAGAUGGGACACACCAUCAACUUGCGAGAACGGCGUGCUUCUGUCAGUGGCUUCGUGGGCAGCGACAGUGACAGCAUGUUCGGUGGUAACAAUGGGACUGGACGCAUGGCUGACGGAUUUUGA